CCGGUAUAUUAAACCGAGGCUUAUGCAUUUUUAUGCACCUUGGUGUGACAUACUUGUAUACCUGUUCACAGCUGUUCACCGGCAGAUUAAACUGACCACGUGACGUCUUUCUGGCAAUGUGCCAGACCCUGAUACUACACAUCAAAACAGAAGAAACUUUCCUCGCGUGAAGGUGGUGUGUAACAGUUGUAGCAGGACCGGUAAAAGAUUUUUUUCUUCGGAGUAAAUAUUGUACAAACUCCCCCGUCCAGCAGCUGUUUCACGUUUUAUAAUCUGUUGUGGUUUACGGUCAGAGCUAGAUUGACUGAAGUAUAAGGGCUAAACUCCAGUCGACAGAGACAACACACAGAUCUAUAAUUAUCAUCGACACUUUUGUUGGCAGACUUUCAAAUCAUUGAUAUGACAACAGAAGAUGAACAGCAACACUUCUGCUGGGUUUGUGCUUUCAUGAUGCUGUGCUGUCAUGCGCAAGGGCAAGAGUAUGAGUGUGAAAUGGAGUUCACUGGAAAGUGCAUCAAUAAAGUAAGGUGGAAAAUCCCAGAAAAGUACGCUCAAAGAGAAACACCAUUUACCGUCUCCUAUAUGUCAUCAGAAGGAAAGACUGAAAACGCGGUGUUGCUUCACUACGUGGGACGCUACUACUGUGAAGCUGCUGGUGGUCACGUGUGUGAUGACGGCGAUAACAGCACCUCUAUCAUCAGAAACUCCGCUACAGCUUGUGUAACAGACAGGAUGUAUAUCCUUGCUGCAGAUGGAGAAGAUGAUGUUUUUUGCAUGCCCACACAGAAUGAGAGAGGAACAUCUGGCUCACAUCCAGACACUCGUAAACAAAGUAACACUAAUGACACUUUUCACAACAAAGGAAGUUUCGUUGCUGUAACAGCUGGCAUUGUUUGUUCAGUCGUUAUGCUUUUGUUGAUACUUAUUGCUGUGGUGUGGUUCCAGAUACGACGUGGACGCUGGAAAUUCAUAAAACAAAUGAAAGUGCCUCUUGAUGACCCGGAGGAACAAGACACGAGUGAAAACACCAGGAGUCUGAAGAGACAAGGGGGGUAGCAUCACGAGAACAUUAAGUACUGGCAGUAACCAUUAUUUAACUAGUGGGUUUUCAAGAGGUAGAAGGACUUUAUAUUUUUAAUUCUGUCAGUCCCUCCAAAUUAUUUCGGUUGAUUGAUUUAUGAACACAGCAGAUUUUAAAUGGUCAAAAAAUAUUUAAAGUAGUAUGUUUGAAAUAAAAUCUCAUUUCCCACACCAACUAUUUUUAAUAUUUUGCAACUAAACAUUUAAAGACCCUUUAAAUGUUGCUUUUAAGGAGUUUUCUUAAAAAAAAUUCAGCUUGAAACUUUUAUUAAAUGUUAAGUACUUUUCCUACUUAAUAACAGGCAAGGAAGUAUACCAAUCAUUAAUCAUCAUCAUCAUCAUCAUCAUCAAUCAUCAAUCAUCAUUAAUCAUUAAUCAUCAGCAUCAGUCAUUAAUCAUCAAUUAUCCAUCAAUUAUCCAUCCAUCAUCCAUCCAUCAUCCACCAUCAAUCCAUCAUCCAUCCUUCAUCCACCAUCUUGUUGAAAUAUUACAGAAAACUUGUACGCAAGCUACAUACAGCCUGAAUUUAACUCUUUGCAAUCUAGUUUCGUGCUCAACCACAAUUGAAAUGUGGUUUUUCGACUGUACUGUAAAGAGUUAAGAAAAACGCUGCUUAACAUAAGUAGACAUCUAGUAGCCACAGUGAUGGCCACUGUUUAUCAGGCUUCUAAUGGCUUUGCGUUGAGUGCUCUCUUCUUGAUGAAGAGAAAAUGGAGGAGGAGGUGGAGGCCGUAAAAAAAUAUUUGAGAAUACAAAGGGGAAAGAAAUGUGGAAUCUAAAAUAAGGAGAUGGAGGAGAUGCAAAUGGGGAGCCAUAGUGAGAAAUGGAGGUGAAUAAAGAUUAGAAGAAUGGCAUGAAACCCAAAGAAAAAUGAUACGAAAAUAUGUCUUAACAUAUUAAACUUAGAAAUGAUGGUGUUGAAAUAUUAAAAAUAUAAAGUUGAUAAAGAGCAAAUAGCUAUUGACUUGAUGAGUCUAAGAUAAAUAUUAAGUUGGUACUGAAAAAUUAAAUAUUACACUGGUAAUAAAAUACAUUUUUACAGGUGGUAAGAUAAGAUAUAUAAUAAUUAGAAAAUCAAGAUAUCUAGCUAAGGAUUGAAGUGAAAAUAAAUUAAAAUAGUUUAUUCUUUGAUAGUGUAUAAAUCUAAAGCUCGUUGAUAAAAUAAACAUAUUUAUCUAAUGCAAAAAUGAAAAGUAUUAAACUGGUUAAUCAAAACAGGAAAUGUAACUGCAGAUAAGGAGAACAAGAAUAAGUAAUUAAAGAGUAGACUCUGUUAAGUUCAUUAGCAGUAUAUAUGUUUAUUAUUUGAAUAUUAAAGGUAUGA